CCAAAAUGCACUUUAACAAACAAUUUUUCUUUCAAGAAAAUUCAACAUCAAUGAAGAACAAAUCUAGAAGUACACACUUUUUAUACACACUCUUACAAAAGUACACACUUUUAUACACACUCUUACACACUCGUGUAUGUGUGGACGUUUUUUUUUGUCUAUCUCAGAUAAAACGUACUUCCUCCGUUCUUAAAUAAAUGCAACGGUCAACAUUUAACACUUGUCGAGACACAACUUUGACCAUUAAUAUAAAUGAUUUUGUAUUAGUAAAAAAAUUAAAAAAAUUAGAUUAUGAAAAUUUACAAUGAGACAAGUUUAACAAUAUUUUUUUCAUAAAAUAAUAUUAUUACAUUGAUAAAUAAAACGUAGUUAAAGUAGAACAUGUGAAUAGUGUAAAAGUCAAAGUGUUGCAUUUAUUUAAGAACGGAGGUAGUAUUUGACAAACACGUUUUGUCUGAGACAGACAAAAAAACGCCCACACAGACACGAGUGUGUACACAAAUGUGUAUCCCAAGUCCAUCUCUAUCGGUCAAUUACUUUCCAAAUUUUUCCUAUACCAACCAUGACCAAUAUGAUAAAGAUCGCACAAGCAUGUCAAUUCUUAUCAAAGGGUAAGUAAAUACAGAAACCCAUGGUCCCUAAGAGAAUCCAAGUUCCAGUCAUCUGACUCAUCUGUUACAAAGUUCAGUUCAAAGCUCAACUCAACAUCACAGACUGAAUGACAGUCAGCCAAAGAACAUACCACUGCCUGCUGAUCUGCUCCUGCUACCACUUGGUUCAUUCAUCUUUUUCAAAAUUAUUGCAUGAGCCAUCCUUAUAUCCUUGCUGCACUUUUCUGCAUGUUCACUCAGAACCUCUAUGGUUUCCAUAAAAGCACUUACCUUCUUCUUGAUGUCCUCCACCACACCACCCAUCCCCUCCCCCCUCUGCUCCAUAGCAAAACCUGCAUUCCCCAACAAUUCCUCAAUCUGAAUCUGCAAUUUAUCCACCAAAACCUGGACAUUCUCCAGAUCCUGAAUCACUGUAAAGCUGCCAGCUUCAAUCGCAGUCAAGAUCUCCCUUUCCCUCUUCAGAUCCUUCUCGUACUUCCUCCACAUAUUGUUGAUCCAUUUCCCCACACUCCCCAGUGGUACAGAUGCCGCCGCCGCAAGAGCCGUCACCACCGGCGGCGCCGUGACGGCCGCGGCCACCACUGAGCAAAUUAGCACAGAGACGAACACGGCCGCGAAGAUUGCGUUGGAAAGUCUCUUCCAAGACUUGACCUUGUGGAGUUUCUUGUCAAGUCUCCUCUUUUUCGCUCUCAGGGCACCCAACAUUGAUUCUUGCUGUCUGUAAACGGAAUGGAACAGCGAGAAGAACUUCUGGGUGAAUGGGUCCCCAGCUUCCUUGAAUUUCUUGAACUCUUCUAAGGUGUUUGAGUACAGUCGGGUCGGAUCGUGACCCGGGCAAUUAAUCCGGGCGUUUUCUUCUUCCUCGAAUCUCUGUAGGGCGCAUUUGAGUAUGGACUGACUGUGGUAGGCCCUCCGAAGAGCUUCUUCCAGGGCGGUGCAGAAAUUCAUGGUGUGGCGGCUGUUUUCCAGGUAGUCAUUCACCAGAUCAAAGAGGUCUGGGUCUUUCCAGACAUCUUUCUUGCUUUCAAGAAUCAGGCUCACCACCUCCUGGUUCAUGUCGAGGAAGCACAAUGUGACUUCCCGGAGAGAAUCGAGGGAGAGAGACCGGUGGUCGAGGAGGUUGCCGGCGACUGAGUUAAUGGCUUUGGUUGUUCGAGCCUGGAGAGUUGAGUCGAAUGCCCGGAGGCUCGAGUCCUCUUCGCACGCCGUCUGGUACGAGCUCAAAUCGGAAGAUUCUUCUGAGACGGAGGCGCUCGCCGGCGGAGAAGGUGCGGAAGAAGGCGGUGAUUGUGGGAAAUGUGAGGAGUGGUUUCUUGAUUUGCUGGACGAAAGGCCCAUUUUUUCAGAAUGUGAGAAAGGGAUUGGCGAAUGUGGGCGGGGGUGGAGAGUUAAGAUGGGUGUGAAUGGAUUUGAAGCUUCUGCGACACGAGUAUGGAGCUGACAGAGGAGGACUAGCUGGGUAGAAGACGACAGACGAAGGGUAUAAGAGGAAAGUCCAGUUGCGUUCAUUAGUCGUUACUUCAUUUCUUGGGUUAUGUGAUUUAUUUUUGAGAAUAUUACCCGAAAUAGAAUUAAAAUAGUUUGAAAAUUUCAAAAUAGGACUUUCAUGUUUUUUAUUUCCAAAAGAGGAUUAAUUACUGUCAUGUUUUAGAAGUACCAGACUUCAAACAUGACAAUAUUUUCUAAACAUGGUAGUAAUUAGUCCUAUUUUGGGAAUAAAAAACAUGACAAUCAUAUUUUGAAAUUUUCAAACUGUUUUAAUCUUAGGGAGAAUUACUGAUAUAAGACUUAAUCAUAAUAACUUUCUAAAACUAGGACUAGAAGUAAGCGUAGGACUAAACUAUGCAUAUUUUGACCAUAGUACCCUUAAUUAUAACUUAGAUGGUAAAUCACCAUUAUUUCAUUUCAUUUUGAUGGAUAGUCUACCCGGGGGUAUAUAUCCGAAGGGUUAUUACGGGGAAUAACUUAGAGAGAAGUCAGAGCAAACAAGUAAGAGAGAGAGUGUAUAUUCGAUAUGUAUUAAGCGUGUUAUCACUUUUCAGCGUGGUUACAAAUGGGGAAACGGGGUGCUAUUUAUAGUAGCAAUAAAUGCCGGGCAGGGACACGUGUCAAGCGCUCAUUGGCCGAGGGGUCACCUCAACUGGUUGGCGCUGGCAGCCGCAUGUGGCCGCAUUUAAUGCGGCUGUUGGACGGGACGUCUGUGCGGGGUACGGUGAUCUGUACGCAUGUGAGGCAGAUAUCUUGUCGAGUGAGAGGCCUUCGGCUAUAGAGCAGUAACCGAGGGCUCUCCCACCCGAUGGCACCCUGGUGCCGAGGGCUCACAGUGCCGAGGGCUACUGUUUUCGCCGUUUUCUCCCAGUUUCCUAAUUUGCUUGAGAAACCCGCUCUGUGAUAAUUUGGAGCCUUCGGCCAGGGGGCCGAAGGCACCCCUGUGCGUUGUGCGGACUGCUUGGUACUCUGGGCGCUGUGAUUUGGGCCUGUUGGGCCUUUGCUGGAGUAGUAGGAGUCUGUGGGCCGGGGGUUCCCGGGCCAUAUACUCCAUCAGGAGUCCCUCACUCCUUUUGCCGAAAGGUACUUGAGAGAAAAGGAGUAAUUUGUGCUUGCCCUUUGAUGUUGUCAUGUCGUGGUCUCUGAAGUUGGUGAGGAGUUGUUGCUUUUAUGUCCCUUCCGAAGGCAGUCCCUCAGUUACCCACAUGUCGGGACUUGAGGGCUUGCUUUGUUGUUUGUUGGAAUUUCACAGAUUUUGUAAUUUAAUGAUUUUCCCGAGGGGGUCCUCCAGUCCCCCACUCCUUGAGGCACUUGUAAAGUGGUGAAAAGGAGUAAAGUAGUUACGUUGCUGUUGUGGGCCGAAGGCUGACGCUUUUCGUUUCAUUUUGGGGGGAUGACUCGUUAAAAACCUCAUUAGGAAAAACCCUUUGGGAAACAAUCCUAAUGAGGGAAAAAGAGUGCACCGAAUUCCCCCAAUGAUGAAUCGAAAAUGUCAAACCUUGGUAAAAAAAUGGAGAAUGGCGGGAAUGCCGAAAGCUCUCUCUUCUGAGGGCUCCUGUGUUGAUUAGCCGAAGGCUUGCUGUUGAUGUCCUGGUGGCGCCGAAGGGGAACCCCUCAAUCCAGGGAUCGAGGGCCUGCCAGAUGAGGGCAGCAGUGAAGUGGUUACCGGGGGGGUCCACUGUUUGUUGAUUAGUUGGUGAUGAAGAUACCCGAGGGCUCCCAUUGCCUGUGUGUCAUGGGUCAUCCGUCAAUGAGGCCACUCCCCGGGGGCUACCCGGUUUUGCAAUGCUGAGGGGGAAUCCCCGACGGGUCCCCUGAUAUGCAACCCUGGGGAUCUGAAGGAGUGAUCCCGAAGGCGUCUGUUAUGUGCUGUGUGGGGCGCAACCCGGGGGCACUUCUGAGUGAUUGUACCCGGAGGCUAUCCUUGAUGAAGUGGAGUGAAGUAGAAAACCCGGGGGCUUCCAGAAUAUAGCCGUUGGAAAUAUAGCCGUUGGAAUACGUAACGACAGGAUAUAGCCGUUGGGGGGGUGGCACACGUGGCGUGUGAUGGCUGGCUGUCCGUGGGCGGCAUCACGGGUUGGGUGAAGAUGCGGUGUGUAAUGAUGGCGUCCAUCCGGAGGCCCGGUUUUCGGGCCCAAGCCCGGACUCUGGGGUCUAUAAAUACCCCGGAGCCAGAGCUAUUCCUUCUUUACGCGUUCAAAAAUCCUUAGCGAAGCUCUGCCAAAAAUUCUAGAGAGAGAAACUCGAGCCCUCGGUCACAACACUUCCAGAGGUUAGUUCUCCCUUCGCUCCUCAACACUUUUUGCAAGUUCCACCCUCUGGCCUUAGUUUAGGGUUAGGGUUCCGUAGAAAUCCUUCGAAACUUUAGGCACAUUUUUUUGGCAAAGAAUGUCGUCCGAGAGUGAUUCCCAGAAUAUAUCGAGGGAGCCCUCGGUUGAGGAUGAGGUUGCUUCCGAUGUCGAGUCAAGCAGCAGUGCACCCUCGGUUGCCGACGACGAAGCGGUGGCCUUGGAGUUGCAGAAGGCCCUGGCUGCUGAGGUGGAUGCCGAGGGCUUCGAACAGGAGUGCGAAGAUGAAGAACUAGCCCUCGCGUGUCAGGUGGCGGAGGACGAAGCUCAAAAGGAGGCGAUGAUGGUUACUGUUGCUGUGCCACCCCCUCGGACUGACUGUGGUGAGCCUAGCACCUCCAGGCCGUUGGACCCGACGCCUCUGAGGAUAGCCCCUGGUAAAAAGAAGACAAAGUCGCAGAGGGCUGCCCCUAAGAAGAAGAGUGCGGCCGAUGGUGCCGGGGGGCCUGUUGAAAUGCCAGAGAGGUAUACCUGGCUAAACACCAAGGCCCUCGAUAUUAAGUCGAAGGCGGACAGGGCUGACUUGUACGUCACGCAGCUGCACGUUGGGCCCUCGGCCGUAGUGGUGGAGCCAAGCGUCGAUGAUCUGCUGUCCCGGCCUCCGGAGGGAUGCAUUGCCGUCCACAUCCUGUCAGUGUCCAUGGGCCUCCGGUUCCCCCUGCAUCCAUUCCUCCGGGAGUACCUCCGGUUUGUUGGACUCCUCCCCUGCCAACUUACCCCCAAUAGCCAUUCAUACAUUGCUGGCUUUCUGCACCUGUGCCGGACGAGGGGUGUCACCCCAAGCUUGGACCUCUUCUUUCAAAGCUUCAACUUGUGCCGUGGGGGGCACGCGAAUGCCGAAGGCUUCGCCAAUUUACAGCAGGUAGCAAAGUUCAAGCUGUUCACCGAGGCGCCCUCGUCCAAUAAGGGCUGGAAAGACAGAUGGUGCUACGUCCGGCUGGCCGAGAAUCCCUUCCCGAAGGAGCUACGGGGCCGCUUUCGGCGCCACGAGAGGGUGGGGAGUGCUGCCCUAGAGAAGGAUGGCCUGAAACUCACCAAGAUUCCGGAGGGCAAGACGAAGGUCGUGACGAUCAAAGAAUGCACCUUUGAGGAAGACUUGCAUGCCCUCGGGUUCCGACGGUACCGGUUCAUCGGGGAAGUAGAUGAGAAGUACCCUGUUUUCACUGAGGCCUUCGGGGGAGCAGGAGGUAGGCUACGAGGGCCCCUAGUCUCCUACUUAGGCAUUUUCAUUUUGCAUCCCGAUAGUUGAUUUUGGUAUGAACCCUUCGGGUUAACAUUCUCUUUGCUUUGUUUUGCAGGUAUGGAGGCUCUCUUCGCAAUGAAGAAGAAGAAGGAGAGGGCGCAAGCCCAGAAGAAGGAGAAGACGGAGCCCUCGGGUCAAAAGCCCAUUGAUGAGGUUUUCCCGAAGGAGACCGCAGAGCCUUCAGCUGCUGCUGCUCCCGUUACUGCGGCCGGGGGGCCGAAGGCUGAUGUGGCAGCCAAGAAGAAGAAGGGGGGCAAGGGGGUGGAGCCCCCGAUCAAGAAGCAGAAGGUUGCCGGGGACGCCGUUGAGAAGGCGGCCCCCCUCAUAAUACUCGAUGAUCAGCCCUCCGCUGACCCCCCCGGCAAUUGAUAAUCCGAUGGCUCAGACGGACCUUCCCUCGGGGAAGAUGCCUCGGGAGAUUAUUCGGCUCUCCCUCGCUCCGGGGGCAUCCGUACUGCACGGUUCAGCCGAGCCAUUGUCUUUCCUGAGGGGGAUUACCUCGAUGAUGGACAAAGAAGCCCUCUCCACCUAUAACGAUGACGCCCUCGAAGCCAGGGCCCUUCGAUCAGCUCUGACUGUAAGUUUUUCUACUUUGACUUGGUCUCAAUAUUUUAUCAUAAUCCCAAUGCCCGUCUGAACCCUCUGUCCGUUGUUCAACAGGCAUGCAUAACCUUCGGUGAGCAGGCCCGAAGGCGAGAGGAGUGGUGCCGUCAUAAGGCCGAGCUAGAGAGGUCCGUGGAGGAGCUGAUUCGCGACAAGGACGCUGCCCUUCGGGAGGUGUGCAAGUUGGAGGAUGCCCUUCGGCAAGCGGAGCUGCGGCUGAAGGAGGUCAGAGAAGACGGGAAGGCCGAGGGCAGGGCUGAGGCCGAGAGGGUUGCGGCCGAGGAGAGAAAACAAGCUGCCGAGGACGCCGAGAAGGCCAAAGCUGAAGCUGCUGCCAAAGCCCGAGAAGAGGCCAUUGCUGGGUUCACCUCCGAGGGCUGGAAAGCCGAGGGCCAGAGCGAGUGGGUGGCUUCUGUGGUGAAGGCCUCGAUCGAGGAGUGGGUGAGGGGCCCCGGGCUCGACUGGAUGAAUGAGAGGGGUGACACCUACUAUCAAGCUGGCGAGUUCUUCACCCAGCACCUGGUUUACCGGAGGCUCGCCCGGCAUUUUGGCACCUCCUUGGAUGAGUUCAAACCCUCGGUGUACGGCCUCCCCCCGUUACAACCGGAUGUGCGGGUCCCCCUCCCCGAGGGAGAAGAGCGCCCGGUGAUUCAUGAUUCCAUGAUGAUGGGCGUCGAUGAUGAUGCCGAGGACGCCACCGGGACGGAGGUUACCUCGAAGCCAUCGGGGGAGGGUGCCCCCGGGAAUGAUGUAGUUGAUGUGUAAUAUGUUUUUAUAAAUCUCUGAACAUAUUUUGUAAUGAAUAACUUUGAUCCUUCGGCUUCGGCCCGUUUGUAAUAGUAACAUCGCAAUUACACUUGCUUUUUUUUAUGAUUGAAUGAUCGCCUUCGGGCUUUGUAUAUAUGACUUGUUCCCUUCCAUUCCUUUCUUCUUGAAUGUAUGCCUCCGUUUCCUUGAGUGUAUGCCUUCGGUAUUUUUGAAUGUACGUGUUUUGUUCCUUUGAAUGUAUGUCUUAGGACUUAGAAUACUAUCUGAUUGUAGCUAGCCCUUAGGAGCCUUCGGUAGUUGGGCACCCUCUGCUGGAUAUGCAAUCGAGGGUUCAGCAGCAAUUAGGACUUAGAAAAUUUUUCUAAGUGUAGCACACCAUAGGGCCUACGGGUGUUUGCCGUAAUCCAAAUCCUAGGACUUAGAAAAAUUUCUAAAUGUAGAUUUCCCCUUGAGAGCCUUCGGGAUAUGGCCUCCCUUCCUGAUGUGUGAAUGUUGGGCCGAGGGCCGAAUGCACAGGAUUUAGAGAUUUUUUGCAUGUGUAGUAUGUCAUGUAGCCUUCGGCUACUGUGGAGCCCCACCUGUAAUAUUGAAUAGGCUGGGGGCUAAUCCUUUAGGACUUAGAAGAUUUUCUUGAGUGUUGAUUCCUUGUGAACUGUAGCCCUCGAUUGAUAGGUAGCCUUCGGCAAUUAUGUCCCUCGAGAUGAGGGCGAAAUAUGUAGGACUUAGAAAAAUUUCUAAGUGUAGAGUUUCCCUUGGGAGCCUUCGGGAGAUGGCAUCCCUUCAUGAUGUAUGAGCAGUUGACCGGGGGGGAAAUAUGCAGGACUUAGAAAAUCUUCUAAGUGUAGAGUUUCCCUUGGAGCCUUCGGGAGAUGGCAUCCCUUCAUGAUGUAUGAGCAGUUGACCGGGGGGGGGGGGGGGGGGGAAUAUGCAGGACUUAGAAAAUCUUCUAAGUGCAAAAUCUCCUUUGGGAGCCUUCGGGAGAUGGCAUCCCUCCUUGAUGUACAAGUAGUUGGCCGGGGAAAAGCAUGUAGUACUUAGAAAAUCUUCUAAGUGUGGAUUUCCCCUUGGGAGCCUUCGGGAGAUGGCAUCCCUUCUUGAUGUGUGGCCUUCGACUGUCAUAUUCCUCUAGUUGCAAUACUGACUGAGCCGGGGGCCCAUCUUUAGGACAUAGAAAUUUUCUUUGUUUGCAAGUGUUGUUGUAUCGCAUAGCCUUCGGCUAUUGUAUCCCCUUGGCUGUAGUGUUGAUUGAGCCGGGGGCCCAAUUUUAGGAUUUGGUAUUUUUCAAGUGUUGUUUCUUCGUGUAGCCUUCGGGUGGUAGGUGCCUUCUGUAUUUGUGCAUAACAGAUGCCUUCGGCGUUUGUUUGAAGUACCGUUUAGUGGACCUUGGAUAGUCCAGUCCCUUUGUAUUGUUGAAGCCUUCGGUGUUUUUGUGACCAGAGGUGACCAGGUAGUGGAUUUAGCCGUUUCCUGAUGAUAUUUCUUUGAGUAGUAUCAUUCGGGAAAUAGGAGUCUUCAAUUACCGGAGGUGUUCCCGUGGGGAGCCCUCGGCAUGUUGUGAUAUUGUUGGAGUGUACUCUUUGAUUUCUCGCUGAGUCUACUCCCCUUCACCCUUUUUUUUUUGGUUGGUGGUGAAGGGAAGGCAUCAAGAAACUUGGUUUCUUGGUAAGGCUGGGCCUAUUAGGAGACCAUCAGAAUACACCAAUGGCUCUCCUCCCUCGGGUUAACCUUCCGAGUUCCGAGGGGAUCGAGGGACGUUUCCUGGGCACAAGAUAUGGUGGUCCGUAACCUGCCUCCCCUUGGGGGAUGGCGCGGAAAGCGCCUCAUUUUUGAAAGUCGUCCCCUCGGCGCUAGACAUAGUCCGUGGCCUGCCACACCCUUGUGGUGGUGGUGCGGGGAGCGUUUCGGUUUGGAAGUCGAAUCCUGGGCAUUUCUCAUGCCUGUCAUACCCUGGGGGUAAUGACGCGGAUAGCGUUCCGUUUUUGAAAGUCGAAUCCUGGGCAUUUCUCAUGCCUGUCAUACCCUGGGGGUAGUGACGCGGAAAGCGUUUCAAGGAAGGGUUUUCAUUUGCACACUAGUUGCAAAUGGCCGGGGGCAUUACGUGCCGCCGGCACCGAUGGUGGCGCCUUCGGUAUAUGCGUCCUCGUGGGGUACGGCUUUUAGAAACAACACUUGGUGUUAGUUUCGAUGUGUAGCCCCCGAUACUUGGUACUGAGGGGUCUUCUGUAGGAACACUUGGUGUUCUCCUUUGUUGCAGUUGAUGGAGGUGUCUACCCUCGGUACUUGGUACCGAAGGGUCUUCAGUGAAACACUUGGUGUUUCCCAAUAAAUGUUUGGAAGUUGAUAGGAGAGCAUCUCCCUGGCACUGGGUGCCGAGGGGUCUUCUGUAGGAACGCUUGGUGUUCUUUUUUGUUGUUGGUGAUAGGAGUUUCCUCCCUCGGCACUGGGUGCCGAGGGGUCUUGACUGAAAACACGUGGUGUUUUCACUGUUUGUUGUAGGUGUUGAUGGUGUCCACCCUCGGCACUUGGCGCCGGGGGGGGGGGGGGGGGGGUUCUUCUCGUGGUGAGGCCUGGGGGCCUGUAGUCAGUAUGAGGGCUUGAUGUCUUGAAUGUAUCUUCAUUCUUCGAAAUUGGAGGCCUUGGACCAUAGGAUAGUACAUUCACUAGUUAUGAGGGCUUGGCCGCUCUUACAUUAUUGAUAAAAUUUAACUAAAUGGUGUACAUUCCAGUGCCUAGGGACUUCUUUCCCAUUGGGGCGUUUGAGCUUGUAGGUCCCGGGUUUGAUGAUGGCUGCUAUGAUGUAGGGGCCUUCGAAUUUUGGUGCCAUUUUUCCUCCCUCGGUUGGUUGGCUGGCUUCCCUCCUCCGGAGGACAUAGUCCCCCACUUGAAAUUCUCGGGUUCGAACUUUGGCGUCGAUGUAGCUUUUAACUUGCCUUCGGUAGUUUUCUGCCCGGAUGAAGGCCUGCUCCCGGCGUUCUGAAAUGAGGUGGAGGUCGAGGGCCAUGUUGCUGUCGUUGACCUCGGGGUCAUACUGGAUCACCCUUCGGGUAGGAAGGGUGACUUCCGUAGGAGCUUUGGCUUCAAAACCGUAGCAGAGGGAGAAGGGUGUUUCACCUGUAGCUCGCCGAGGGGUGGUGCGGUAGGCCCAAAGGAUGUUGUGAAGUUCUUCUACCCAGCCACCGCCCUCGGCCUCCAGCUUCUUUUUGAGGCCCUCGAGCAAGGUCCGGUUGGCGUUCUCUACUUGCCUGUUGCCUUGAGGGUAGGCAACGGAGGAGAAGGUGUGUUUGAUGCCCCAUGCCUCCAGAAGGGCACAGAAGGGGGCUGCCUCAAAUUGUGUCCCAUUGUCGGAGAUGAUCUGCUGGGGGACGCCAAACCUUGUGAGGAUGUUCUUGAGGACGAAGUGACGGCACUUCGCCUCCGUGAUGCUGGCGAGGGGUUCAGCCUCCACCCACUUGGUAAAAUAGUCGACGGCCACAAUGAUGUAUCUGUUGUUGGAGGUACCCCUCGGCAGAGGGCCCACAAGGUCUAUCCCCCAUCGAGAAAAAGGGACAGAUGUGCUGAUGGGGGCAUAGUUGACCGCUGGCCUGCCGGGGGCUUUCUGGAAAUGUUGACAUGCGGUGCACGUCCGGGCAAGGUCAGCACAAUCCCUGGCCAUGGUUGGCCAGAAGUAGCCCUGGAGAAUGAGCCUUCGGGACAUGGAGAAGGGUCCUUGGUGAGCUGAGCAAGUGCCACUGUGCACUUCCUCCAUUGCGACCUCGGCUUCAUCUGGAUGAAGGCACCGAAGUAGCGUGCCAUUGUAAGAUCGUUUGUAGAGCCUUCCAUCUUCGAUGGUGUAGCUGGGAGCCCUCAGCUUUGCCAGUUUAGUGCGGGCCUCAUUCUCGGGCAGCUGCCCUGUGGAGAUGAAGGCGGUGAUAUCUGAGAUCCAAUCCUCAUGACGUUGUUGUAUGUUCAUCACGGGGCUUGCAUGGAUGCUUGAGAGGCUGAGUUCCUCGAUUUUGGCAAUUUUGGAGAUGUGCUCGGGGGAGUCUGCCGAGAGUUUAGAUAAUAUGUCGGCCUCGGAGUUCUGAGCCCUCGGUAUUUGAGUGAGAGAGUGUGCCUCAAAUACCUUAAGCAACUCCUUGGCCGCUUCCUUGUACUGUUUCAUUCUCUCCUCCUUGGCCUCAUAUUCUUCGGAGAUUUGGCCAACGACCAACUUGGAGUCGCAUUUGAUGUGGAUCUGCCGAGCCCUCAUGUUGGCAGCCAGCCGAAGGCCACAUAAGAGGGCUUCAUAUUUGGCCUCAUUGUUGGAGACCUUGAAGGAGAAGCGGAUUGCAUAGUAGGCCCUGAAGCCCUCGGGAGUAAUGAGGACUACCCCUCCCCCGCAUGUUUUGGUCGCGGAGGAGCCAUCAGUGUAGAGGGUCCACCAGUCGUCCGAGGUAGCCGAGGGCUCCCCGUCCGUGGCUGCCCUUGCGGUACAUUCCGUCACAAAGUCCGCUAGGGCUUGGCCCUUGAUGGCAGGCCUUGGAAGGAUGUCAAUGUUGUACUGGCUCAAGAAGAUAGCCCAUUUCACCAUGCGGGAGGAGCUGAUGGGGCUCCUCAUGAGGGCACCGAGGGGUUGAUGAGUGAGGACCUGAACCGGGUGAGCCUGAAAGUAGUGGCCCAGCUUUUUGACAGUCCAAACGAUGGCUAACACCGUUUUUUCCACAGGGGAGUACCUGAGCUCGGCCUCCCUUAGGGUCUUGCUAACGUAGAAGAUGGCAUGUUGGAUGUCGUCUUCCUCCCUUAUGAGUACAGAGCUGAUGGCCGCCGGGCUAACCCCAAGGUAGAGGUAUAGGGUCUCCCCUACCUUGGGUUUGGAGAGCACAGGAGGUGAAGAUAGAUAUCUUUUGAGCUCGUCGAAAGCCCCCUGGCAUUCUGGAGUCCAUAGAAAGCCAGCCGUCUUCCUCAUGAUCUGGAAGAAGGGUAGAGAUUUUUCCGCCGAUUUAGAUAGGAAGUGGUUGAGGGCUGCCAGGCGGCCCGUCAACCGUUGAACUUCCUUCACAUUGCGUGGGGGCUCCAUGUUGAUGAUGGCCUGGAUUUUCUCGGGAUUGGCCUCAAUACCCCUUCGGCUCACCAUGUAACCCAAGAACUUGCCCCCUUGGACGCCGAAGGUGCACUUCUUCGGGUUUAGCCGAAGGUUGAAUUUUUGCAUGAUGGCGAAGAUUUCCCGGAGGUCGUCAGCAUGGCUGGAAGAUUGUUUGCUCUUGACGAUCAUGUCGUCAACAUAGGCCUCCAUGGUGCGCCCUAAGACGGCUUGAAAGACCCGGGCCACCAUCCGGGUGUAAGUGGCCCCCGAGUUCUUUAGGCCGAAGGCCAUCACUAGGUAGCAAAAGAUGCCUUCGGGAGUCAUGAAGGCAGUUUUUUCGGCGUCCUCCUCGUGCAUGAAAAUUUGAUGGUACCCUCGGAAGGCAUCGAGGAAGGACAUGAUCUCACACCCUGCGGUCUCAUCCACCAAUUGAUCAAUGUUUGGUAGAGGGAAUGGAUUCAUAGGGCAUGCUUUGUUGAGAUCGGUGUAGUCCACGCACAUGCGGAAGGUAGGGGGCUUCUGUGCGAGGACUACAUUCGCUAGCCAUGAGGGGUAAUUUACCUCCUUGAUGUGCUUGAUAGAGAGGAGCAUGGCGACUUCCUUCUUCACAAAUUCCCUCCUCUCGGCGGAGAGGGGCCUUCUUCGUUGCUGCACUGCCUUUGCCGAAGGGUCCACCGAGAGGCGGUGGGUGAUGACCCUUCGGCUGAUUCCCGGCAUGUCCUCCGGCCCCCAUGCAAAGACAGUGGAGUAGGCGCGGAGGGCGUCGGUGAUACCGGUCUUCAAAUCUUCAGGGAGCUGGGCUCCAAUCUUCACGACUCUCUCCGGCUGGGCCGGAUCGAGCGCAAAGUCUUCUACGUCCUCGGCCGGUUCAGCCCUCGGCCUUCUUUCCUCUUGGUCGACGGCUCCGGUGAUGGUGUCAACACGGAAUUCCGUCUUGCUGACCUUCCUAGUGACCUGAAGAUAGCAGGCGCGGGCAAUUUUUUGGUUCCCCCGGGAGUAGCCAAUGCCCCCCUCGGCGGGAAACUUGAGGCAGAGAUGCCUCAUGGAGAUGAUGGCUUCGAGGUCCUCGAGGGCUGGCCGGCCGAGGAUGAUGUUGUGAGCGCAGUCAAUGUUGACGACGACGAACUCCACUUCGAGCUGGGCUCUAUGGAUCCCGUCGCCGAAGAUCACCGGGAGGGUUAUUACCCCCUCGGAAUCAAUAGUAUCGCCGGUGAAGCCGGCAAGAGGGGUUUUAAUGGGCCGAAGGGAUCCCCUCUCCAGAUGCAGCUCUCUGAAGGUGCUGAGGUACAUUACAUUGACGGAGCUGCCCGUGUCAACGUAAGUUCGGUGAAUGAUGGUGUCGUUGAUCUCCGUCCGAAUUACCAAGGCAUCCCUGUGAGGAGAAGAAGUAGGAGGGAGAUCUGCGUUGGUGAAGGUGAUGGGUUCCUCCCUCAAUCGCUUUACCGGGGGCAUAUGAGUGACUUCCCCUACGUAAAGCGAUUGAGCCCACUUCUUUCGCUGGCUGGUGGAAUCACCCCCUGUGUUGCCACCGGUGAUCAUGAGGAUGUGGCGUUUCUUCUCCUGGUAGUGGGGGUAUUCCUCCUCCUCUUCUUCCAAGUUUCCGAUCUCCCUUUUCUUGCCGAGGGGGAUGGUGUUUGGAUUCACCCAGGCAUUUACCUUCGUAUGGUGCCCUCGGGGAGGUCCCUGAUGAGAAGGUCCCUCCUGCCGAGGGCUCUGGACAAACUGGGACAGGUGCCCUGCCUGUAUUAAUCUCUCGAUGGCCGUCUUCAGCUGAUGGCAGUCAUCGGUCCUGUGCCCCUGGUGCCGAUGGAAGCGACAGUAGGGGAACUGAGGGUUGAUAGCGUGUACCUCCGGGGGUGCGCGAGAGUCGCGCUCAACGAGGCCCCUCUCCUCGGCAAAAUCGAGGAUGAUGCUGACGGGGUGCGUCAAUGGUGUCCGAGGGCGGUCCAGGAGAAUGGGCUGGGCCCAAGUCUUAGGGUUGCUCUUAUAACCUCCCCCGGGCUUGGCUUGGCCUUGCCGAGGGUGGUCAUCGGAGGGUCCCGAAGUCUUGGGGCGAUUUGGAGGAGCCCCCGGCCCUCGGUUAUGCUUGUUGUCAGCCCUCGGGGGCUGCUGGUCCGGGUGUUGGUGAUACUUCUCCACCUCCUCGGCCUCAGCAUACCGGUCCCCCCGCUGCAAGGCCCUUAUGUAGUCGCGGGGGGGUUCAAUGAUGAGGCUCCUUGAAAAGUUGCCGGUGCGGAGGAUGGUUUGUAGGAGGGCCAGGAGGGUCCCGUCAUCAGCACCGUCGACCUUGUCGGCCUCCGUCCUCCAGCGCUCUAGGAAAUCCCGAAGGGUCUCAUCCUUCUUCUGGCGUAUUGUUAGGAGGUGGGAGAAGUGCUUCCUUGUGCGACGCCUCCCGGCGAAUUGUGUCAAGAAUCGUUGGGCGAGUUCUUGCCACGAAUCAAUGCAGCCCUCGGGCAGCCUGUUGAACCAUUCGUAUGCUGGUCCCUCUAAGGUGGAGAGGAACCAACGACACAAAUAUUCGUCUGACGCCCCCACCAUCAUCAUGCUGUUCUGGUACUUGCUGUAAUGUUCCUGGGGGUCCGUUUUCCCGCUGUAGGGCUGUAUGUGUUGCCCUCGGUAUUUCUCCGGGAUCCGGGCCGCCAAUACCCUUGGGGUAAAUGGCGUCCGAGUCCAGAGCUGGAUGACGGGUUCCCCGGAGCCCUCGGCCACCUUCUUCUGUAACUCCUCCAUUUUGGCCAUCAUGGCCUCGUAUUUGAGAUCUGAGUGAGGGGUGGAUGUGGUGGCGUGAGCUUUGUUGGACUCCAUUUCGUCAAGCCGGCGCUGGAGAGCCGCAUUAAUCUCGUCCCGGGGGUCCCUCGGGAGGGUCUCCUCCCCCUGCGAACGAACCCGGGCCGAGUGGGCCUGGUUGAUUUGGUGCCGAGCAUCAUCGGCAUGAAGGGGUGCCUUGCCUUUGUCCCGAGGGGGACGCUCCUCGUCUGCCCUCGAAACAGAUCCCCCACUUUCCUGGGGCCUUUGGAGUGCUUUCCCCCCGAGGCGGUCUUGGACCCCUCGGCGGUCUGGCCCUCCUCCGAGCCGGUUGAGGGCGGAAGUACGGGGCCUCUCCUUGUUGUCAUUAUGGCGGUCCCGGGACUGAACUUCCUGGGAGGAUGUUUCUUGGGCCACCACCCCUUCGUCGUUUCUCACCCGAGGGGUGGGAUUUCCGAAGGGGUGUGGCAGAGGGGGAAGUAUGAUAUUUUCCCCGAUCUGAGGGUGAGCUGGAGCCAGGGUGCCGAAGGCACCCGGGUUCUGGGUGAGCGUUUGGAUGAAGGCGGAGAGCGCCGAUUGUACGUCGAUGGUGAGAACCGGAGGGUUGACUUGGUCAUCGCUCCGGUUUUUCUUCUUGGCCUCGAUGCCGAGACGGGCAUCGGGGGCGUUUUGGGGAAACGGGGUGCUAUUUAUAGUAGCAAUAAAUGCCGGGCAGGGACACGUGUCAAGCGCUCAUUAGCCGAGGGGUCACCUCAACUGGUUGGCGCUGGCAGCCGCAUGUGGCCGCAUUUAAUGCGGCUGUUGGACGGGACGUCUGUGCAGGGUACGGUGAUCUGUACGCAUGUGAGGCAGAUAUCUUGUCGAGUGAGAUGCCUUCGGCUAUAAAGCAGUAACCGAGGGCUCUCCCACCCGAUGGCACCCUGGUGCCGAGGGCUCACAGUGCCGAGGGCUACUGUUUUCGCCAUUUUCUCCCAGUUUCCUAAUUUGCUUGAGAAACCCGCUCUGUGAUAAUUUGGAGCCUUCGGCCAGGGGGCCGAAGGCACCCCUGUGCGUUGUGCAGACUGCUUGGUACUCUGGGCGCUGUGAUUUGGGCCUGUUGGGCCUUUGCUGGAGUAGUAGGAGUCUGUGGGCCGGGGGUUCCCGGGCCAUAUACUCUAUCACAUUUCAUUUUCAUUUACCUCAGUGCCGCAAAGGCUCCCACCUACGGUGGGGUAAGGGAGGAUCUGUUGUACGCAGUCUUACCCCUGUACUAAAGCACAGAGAGACUGUUUCCGGAUGAUCCAUAGUGAAAUCCAUCCAAAAUUGCAUGGACUGACUGAUGCUUAAUAACAAAGAAGUCUAGACAAUUUAGUGAGCCAUUUUGCUUUAUUCCAUCAUAAAUAAUGAAUAAUAAAUUUUUGGCAAAAAAUUUAUGAAUUUUUGACUCCAUUUCAAAUGAUGGAAAAUAAAAUUAGAGAGAGCCAUAUAUAUUCUUUAUAAGGAUUAGUUUCAGAGACCAGCUUGUUCACUCCCUCUCCAAAUGUAAUUUCAAACUCUGCUUGCUUGUAUGGCCUUGAUACCUUACUCUUUUGAACUCUUACACGCACUCUUAAUCCAACUUCUUCAUCUCCUUUGGCUUUAUCUUGAAUUUCUGCGCACCCCUUGGAAGCUUGCAGAAAUUCAUGCUUGAUUAAGAAGAAGCAUGAAAGUCUUCAUGCUUAAAGGAGUCUGCUUAUCUCCUGCUUGCAGAAAUUCAUGGUCUAUUGAGUUGGCGUGUGAGAAUGAACGUAGGUGGGCUGCGCCUUAUGGACUACACAUAAUCAAGAUGAUCCCAAUCAAAGCAAGAACCACUAGGAUGCACCAUCGCACUAUAAAGAGUGAUUCCCUCAUGUGUGAAGUAAACCCUUGAGAUGUAAUCAUAACACGACAAUUCUCGAUGUUGAUCCACGAUUGCAUCACCAUGAAAACGUAUGGACUGCUCAAGUUGAAACUCACAACAUAACCAUGCUUUGUCUUUGGAAUUAACAACAAAAC